GGGACCCUGGAAUUGGUCGUGACGACUGCCAAGACUUCAGUGAAGGCAGAAGUUGUGGCUCGAUCCCGCGGCUUGUAUGACGUUACUUUUAUUCCUCAGGUGCGUGACUUGGACGCGAAAGAGAUGAAGCACCUGAAGCGCACAGAGUCGAAAAUGGUGUCCGUAGCAGGGGACGGUUUGCGUGAGGUCGUCGUUGGUGCACCGAGUCGAUUCCAGAUUGACACCAAGGGAAUGGACGGGGAUGUGGAUGUGCGUGUAACGGGCCCUGACGAAGAAUCAAUUCCAUGCCGGGUUCUGAGGGCGCAGAACGGAUCCAGUGGGCUCUACAGGGCCGAGUAUAGGCCGGAAGUCGCCGGACUCUACAAGAUUCAGGAUUUGAAAAUAUGCAUGACUUGA